AGAUACACUCUGCGUAAACUAACGUGAAGUCAAAUAUUUUGCAUCUUUCGUUCAUAGAGAAAAAUGUACAAAUAAAUAGUUGCAAUAAUCUAUCUGAAUACAUAUUAAUACACGUGUAACAUAGUACAAUGUGGAGUAAAUGCUUGACUUAAGCGCUAGCAUUUUAGCAAUAAUAAAAACUUGCUUAUAAAGAUUGUGAAAGUGGCAUUAAAAACGUAAAAACCAACAAAACGUAAAAUUUUAUGGUGACUUAAAGCCCUAAUACAUAUACAAUAGGCAGAAUAAAAUUGUUAAAUCAAAUGUACUAUCUUGUGGCGUACAGUUAGCAAUUAUUGCAGCCGAAAGGCUGUAACAAAAAAUUUUAAUAAACGGAAACAUACCAUAAAUAUAACCAUAUCAGCAACAGCAAAUAGCAAAGAGCUAGCAUAAAAAAUACGACGCAAACACCAACACCAGGAGCAUGAACCACCCAAAAAUAACAGCCCACGUUUAGAAAAUCGAUAUAAAUUCUAGUCAAAGCGAAUUGUGCGUAUGGUGGCAUUUGUUAGCUACCAGUAUUAAAACAAGUACUUCAAUCUUUUACGACCAUUUUGACAGUUUGCAAACAUUUUCUGUGCAUUUUACACUGGACGAUACAUUUAAAUACAUAUGCAUGUACAUCAGACAUAGUGUAUGCACAUAGUUCGACAUUGAAAUUAUAUAAUCGUAUCUAAAUUGCAAACAUCCGAAAUUGCUAUAAUUGUACAAAACUUGUGUUCUGAAAUGGUAAAUGGUGGCACUGGGACUCUUACAAUGCGUCUCGUCCGAAGUAAAUUACGAAAAUCUACAAAUAUUGUAGCAGAUGAUCAUCACGAGAAUGAAGAUGAUCAUCACCCGCCUACAGUCAACUUUGGAGACACUGAGACGACGAUGACAAACAAUUGCAGCACUGUAAUUAAGGAGCAUCCACAUGUGACUUUCGUGCGAACCAGCGGUGUUUCGUCUCAAGCUUCUGGACAUGCAGAUGUCACUGCAAUAACUGAAUGGACGUUUCCUCCAAAGGCGCCAGUUCCACAUAUCUACCAUAUUAACCCGGAGUUGUUGGUAGCUAAUGACAAAAUCGGCUUUAAAGGAUUCCGCAAGCAAUUCAGUGGACGGUUCAAACGAUUGGUGGCUCGAAAACCUGAGCCGACACCAGUGAUACCUCCAGAACUAAAGCCACAAUUAAAAACAAUUUAUGUUUAUUAAAAUAAAUAUGUGUAAAUAUUGUAUGCAAAUGUGUAAAAAGCUACAUCUGAUAUCAGACAAGCAAUCAUUUUGAAAACUAAUUUUUAAAAGUAUUUCUUAUAGCUUUAUUUUUUAAUGAUUAAAUGAACAAAAUUCAAUUCCAUAUUUCUUCUGAAAUAUACAUCAACCGAAAUCCUAUAAAAUUGCA